AUGGCUCGAACCAAGGAAGAAGAGACCGAAUGGCAGAGUCACCGCGACGAGCUCAAGGCCUUGUGGCUGGAUCAGCGAUGGACUUUAGAGCAGAUCCAAGAGCAUAUGUCCCAGAGGCACAGUUUCCGCAAAAGCGCACCUCAGUAUACUCGGCAGUUCAAGAAGUGGGGGUUCAAAAAGAAUCUGACCGACGAAGACUGGAAAUUCGUUGCGCAUCGUCGCGAGAAGCGAAAAAGAGACGGAAAAGACGCGGGCGAUGUCAGGGUGCACGGCAACCUCAUCCCUGAACCAAAGGUCAGAAAGGAAACAGCGCGUCAUGCUUCAUUAUUGUCGCAGUGUUUGUGGAUGGGAGACUCUGACCCCAAGACCCCUGAAGGGGUCGUCGUGGGUACGCCCCGAUCAGAAAUAGACGGUACUGUGCCUGACGGUUCCGCAGACGUCCAUGCGAUGGACUGGUACCAGGGCCAAAGCGCUGGUGGUAUCGGUGUUGGAACUCCAACAUUGUUCCAAUCCGUCGAACGGGAUCCUCUCGCCUUCCACAUUGAGCUCCCGGACCCGAGUCAUUCGCAGUUUUCUUUCCAAGGGAAUAAGGCACCCACCGCAACUCAUUCCUAUCUCGGGGAUGCUACCUUGGACCAUCGUCUGCCUGUACCAACGUCUGCUAGUACGCCGACAUCUACAAAUUUGAGCACACAUAUUCAGUACGACGUUGAUUCCAUCAGCAACACCAUUGCUAAAGAGACCCGCUUCACACUCUUAUUGCAGGCCGGUUCGUACAGUGGUCCUUAUUCCAACGAUCCAAUUUCAGUCCUGGAGCCUAUCACCGUGGGGGAUUCGAACCGCGACUUGACAAGGCGAGCGGAGGCUAUAUUCCAAUCGCCAUCCCCGGAGAAUUUGUCUCACUAUCUCGGUCUCUGUGUCUACCUGUUAUCCAAUAACAUGAUGAGCCAGAUGUCAACGGAUAGUCUGGUAUUGCUUAUCAAGAAAAGCAGCUCUCAGUCACGACUCAAAGCCCUCUUGAAGUCAACGACCACGACCAUCGAGAUAUUCAUGAGCAACCUAUUAGCUAGUGCGGCGGCCGUGGGAGACAUUGAGAUUUGUCGAAUUCUUAUCGAGGCUGGAGCGGACCUAGAUGCACCUAGUGGGCAGGGCAUGCGAACAACAGCUCUUCAUCGAGCAUCCAAGCACAAUAACGUGGAGUGUGUGAGAAUGCUGCUGGAAGCCGGUGCAGACCCCAACCUAGCAGUGGAUGGGGAGACACCACUACACACUGCAUGCGCUUGGUACAAACGACUUGAUAUUGUGGGCCUUCUGCUUCAGUUUGGAGCUCAUGUCAAUCCGCCGCAAGACUGUGCCCGACUCACGCCUCUGCAACUUGCUGUCAAGCAUGGAGGGCCCAACUUGGUGCAACUCCUUCUUGAUAACAAAGCAAACCCGAACUCUUUCACAACCUCCAAGACCGGUACACCUCUGCAAAUGGCAUGCCGUAACUCUGGCGAUUCCAAAAUAGUCGAGCUUUUAAUCGCUGCAGGCGCGGACAUUGAUUGUCGCUCAGGUUACCGUUGCAACAAGCGACAUUCCGAUUACCUUGAGGACAGCGAUACAGACAGCGAUGCAGACUCCGAAUCAGAAGAAAAGCCAGACAAAAGCUGCCUUAUGGGUUGUACUGGCCUUCCCGAUUCCUUUAAGCCAGCCAUCCUUAUAGCGGCGGAAAAUGAGAAUUGGGAGGUGGUCCAGCUUCUGCUGGAGGAAGGCGCCGCUGUCAACGCCAGCUUGAGAAAAUGCCCACCUGCAGUGCUAGAUCAGGAGAUUGAUGAUGAUGAGUACAACUGGGGUUCUGAUAAUACUCCGGCCGUGUUUACACCGUUGCAAGCAGUUGUCCGGAAAGAGAAUAUCACCAUGACUCGCAUGCUUUUGAGCGCUGGAGCUCAUCUCGACGCGAGACCGAAAGGAACGUAUGGCCACACCGCGCUUCAGAUAUCUGCCAUGGUCGGGAAUGAAAGGAUCAUCGAGAUUCUCCUGCGGAAGGGAGCGGAUGUUAAUGCCCCAGCGGGCGUCUAUCGUGGAAGGACGGCACUUCAGGCUGCUGCUGUACAUUCGGAUACGACGGUGUUGAGCAUCUUGCUUAGGCAAGGGGCAGAUGUAAAUGCUCCGCCGGCCUUACGCAAAGGCAAAACUGCCCUGCAGAUAGCAGUCGCCGCGGGUAACAUCGAAGGGGUCAGGAUUCUUCUUAAUGCAAAUGCAGCUGUCAAUACAGACCCAAUUCACACUGAAGGGGUCACCGCGCUCCAGGAAGCUAUCCAAAUCAGAGACUCGGCGAUAAGGAAAGAAAUAGUUCACCUACUGCUGCGCGCAGGCGCGAAUACUGAGGGCCUCAAAGACCAGAAGGAGUCCGCGCCUCUUCAUGCCGCAGUCAGACAAGGAGACCUGGAGAUGACGAGGAAGCUCCUCCAAAAGGGUGCAAACGCAAAUGUGGGAUUUUGCGCGCAGACAAGACGAACCCCUCUGCAGCAAGCUUCGUCCCAAGGCAAUGAAGGCCUGGCCCAGAUAUUGAUAGAGUUCGGAGCAGACGUCAACGGCCCGCCUUGGCUGUCUGGAGGUCGUACAGCCUUGCAGGCAGCGGUUGAAAACGGCCAUGUGUCUAUGGUGAAGAUGCUGUUGAAGCACGGCGCGAAGAUCAAGUCAGACAGAGCUAAAUUUGACGGGAUCUCGGUGAUGGGAGCUGCCGCCGAGAGAUGCGAUCAAGAGCUACUCCAGCUUUUCCUCGAUAAAGAACCUGACAUCAUAUCAUCUGACUCCAUCACGAAGAAUCAAGUCAUAGGGCUAGCUCUGAACUGCUGGAAAUGCGACGUGCCUUUGCUGGAGCUGCUGCUCAAGGGAGGAGCAGCCGUUAACAAUAACCCGUGCCCUCAGUCGGAGAAGUCAUUUCUUCAAAUUGCAGUAGAAAGACACAACUUUAGAGUGGUGCAGUGUCUGCUUUCUGCAGGGGCCAACGUAAACCAUCGCCGGGAAAGCAGCUUGCCUGGCAAUGUCACGGCCCUUCAGGCCGCCGUUUAUGCGCGCGAUAUCGACAUCGUCCAGUUACUGCUCGAAAGAGGCGCCGACGUCAAUGCACCGGCAAACAAGCAUGGAGGAAAGACUGCGCUGCAAACCGCAGUGUCACAAAACCAUCGGGUUAUGACGGAGCUUCUGGUGCAUCAUGGGGCUGAUGUCAAUGGCUUGCCCAGCCCGGUCCGAGGCCGGACAGCUCUCCAAGAGGCUGCAAGCUCGGGUUAUGUGCAGCUCUCUGAAUACCUACUGGCUCAUGGAGCCAAUGUCAAUGCUCCAGCAGCACAUUUGGGUGGUGUCACAGCCUUGCAAGGGGCCGCGAUGCACGGCAACGUUCGCAUUGUGAUGAUGCUGCUUGUGGCCGGGGCAGAUGUCAAUGGAGCGCCUGCAAUUGAGCAGGGAUUAAACGCCAUUGAAGCCGCUGCGGGGAACGGCAGGCUUGACACUCUACAUCUCCUAUUGAAUUAUCACCCGGAUACCGAAGAGUUUGAGAUCAAGAGAAAAAGAGCGGCGAAACUGGCACUGGCAAAUGGUCACCUGGCCAUUGGGAGAUUUCUGCUGGCUUAUCGUAAGCAUCCUGGAAGAGGUGUAAUGCGUCCUCCAUACCAGGGUUCAAUGUAA